AAUCUUUUAAUACUAUUAUUCAAAAUGUAGAGCACUUUUUUGGUACUCUUAAUUUUGCUACCUUAAAGUUAAACUAUAAUGACUUAGAUGGAAGCAUAUACGAAGAUUUUCUAUCAGAAGAAUUAGAUUCAGAAUUAAGUAAAAUAGAUAUAACAGAACAAGAAUUUGAAAAAAUUAAUGAUAAUGAUCAAAUAGCACAGAUCAAAGCAGACAAUAUUGAUCAAGAAUCUCUACCUGCAACAGAACCUUCAGAACAUAAAACUAUAGGAGUUGGUUCAAGUUCUAUAUUACUUAAAGAAGCUGAAAAGAGAAAAAAAUCAGCUUCAACAUCAAAAGAUAAAGACCGUAAAAACACCAUAAAAGAUCAAACCGAUGAAUUAGAAACACUUAUUCAAUGGUAUGGCCUUGAAGACACGCAAAUAGUUGAACUUUUAGAAGUUAUUCUAAAGGGAAAGCUUGAUGAUUCUGAUGUUAGGAAACUAAUCAAAUUCCUUGUACCACGUAAGAAAGUAUCUGAAAUAUCUGUAAUAAAAAUUUUUGGGAAUCUUGGAAAUAAAAAUAUGAAACACAGCAUACAGGCACUUUUACUUCGUUGGGUUGUAUUGGUUUAUGGUUUUAUAAUGGACCAUUCAAAACUUUAUAGACUUUAUGGUGUUAUUUUUCAUUAUUUGGAAUAUGCUACUUUAAGGCCAAUUCUCUGUCAUCUUUUAUAUCUCAUGACGCGGAGGGAACACGUGAAGUCAUAUCGAAUACGCAAAUUAAUGGAGUUACAGACACGGACUGGUUAUGAACCCCAUAUUCAAGGAUUAUUAAAGCUUUAUAAAGAUUAUUUUCCAAAUUUAGUGACAAUUAACAUUCAACCUUCAAGAAGUAUUACAUUUAAGUGCCCUGAUAUGGCAUGGUCUCAGCUGGUAAACCAAAUUCAGAGAAGAUGGAACAGCGACAAGUCCUCAUUUAAUAUGCCUCUGGCAAGACUAACGAUCCCAAGAACAAUGGAGAAACGAAGAAAAAUAGAACAUAACGAUAUACCAACUGCGCGCACGUAUAAUGUCACUCAAAAAUCGGUAACUCUUGAUGAAAUGUCGGAUAUCAGGCAACUCGCAAGUAAUAUUGAUAAAGUCGAGCUACCAAAUCAAUUGGCUUCUAUUUUGGACAAUCGUAUGCUUCAACAUGUCAUAGUGUCAAAUCCAGAAAGAGUUGCCAUGGCAAGAAUAAGUUACUGGAUUGAUCAAUAUCUUAUGGAUCUAGUUUAUUGGAGCGAUCAAAACACGAAUACGAAGAUGAGACUUGAUUGCUUGUUGAAUAAAUUAGUUACUAUGACAGAGUUCAUGAAGGAAUUACUUCCUGAUAUUCAGGAGUUCUUAACGAAAUAUGUUCAUUCUUGGGAUGGUGGAGAAUAUCAAGAACCAAUUUUUAGACUUUUGACAUUCCUAAGGCCAGGACCUUAUAACCAAUUUUAUGAAAAUGUUUUGAAGCCAUUACAAUUUUUGUAUUGUAAUUCAUCUGCUAGUUGGAAGUCCAAAUUGAUUCGUUGUUAUACUGAUUUGCUAAAGUAUUGGACUUUACUUUACGGGAGUUAUUACGAAAGGAUGAAACAAGGAAACAGUGAUGAUGUUGAAGAUCUAGGUGAUUCGAUUGAGAAAUUGUCAAUUAACGGAAAUUAUCCUCAAGCCAUACUUAAUUUUAUUGAUUAUGUUGACAGAACUAUCCUAAUCGUGCCUGAGGACGAGAACCAAAUAGAAGUACAACACGCUAUUUUAUCUUUUAUGGAAAUUUCAACGUUUCUACAACUUAAAUAUAAAUUCCACAGUAUUGUCUUGCCAUCAUAUUCAAUCAUUUAUCGUUCUUUUUUUUCGACUUAUGGAAUGCCUUUAUCACGAAUUUGUGGUAUUAUUCUACGGUAA